CACCUAAUUAGAAAGCCCGGAUUCUUCAAAAUUCAAAAAAUCUCGAUUGUUUUUACACAUAUUUGGGGAAUGCAUUAAAGACAUAUUUGCCGGCCAUUAUUACCAUUCCAAAUAAUUGGCUAUAAAAUGAGGUCGUCCUCCCUCUCUUCUCCUUACACCAAAUAGAAGUUAUCCAUCUUCCUUCCUCCAAAUAUCUUGAGGGUUUAGUGAAAUAAUGCCUCAUGGGAGGGUGAAGCUCCAAUGGAUCGUGAACAACGCCAAACGUAGGGCAACGAUGAAGAAGCGCCUCCCUGGUCUGGUUAAGAAGAUCAGUGAGCUUGCCAUCCUCUGUGAUAUCCCUGCCUGCCUUGUUGUGUACCGCCCGGAUGAGGAGCAGCCGGCGGUGUGGCCGUCGACAAGGGAGACGACCAACGUUGUACAGAAGUACUAUGACUUGCCUGAGUCUAAGAAGCUAAAGAAGAUGUUGGAUGUCGAAGGUUUCCAGCAGCAACAAGUUGACAAGGAGAAAGCAGAGCUAUUCAAUGCCCAUCGCGACAACUGCGACCAAGAGAUCAAUCUCAUCAUGAAGCAAUUCAUCGCCCAUCGCCGCCAUAGCUUCGAGGACCUAACCACAGAGGUCCUCAUUCACCUCAAGUUGAAGGUGAAGGAAAGCCUCAAGGCCAUUGAUACUCGCCUCCAGAAGAUCCAUUUGGGGGGCAUUUGAAUGCAAGUUGCUGCUCAGAACAUGGUGUGACAGAUUCUCAUUUUUUGGCCCAUUUCUUCUUUUUUAUUGUCCCCUCUCUAUCUACCCGCCUCUGCCUCCCACGCCUCUCUCUCUCUCUCCUACAUCUCGCCAUCCAAAUUACUUGGUGUGUUUUACUUCCGAGUCCAUUGUAAUCAUCAAUGAUUCUACGAAAAUCUUGCCAUGUUAUUAGUGGAAAAUAUUUUUUUGUCCAACUAGCAAAAAACAAUUUCCUCCACUUUAAGUAAUUUCUCCUUUUGAUUCAGUUUCUUUCCUAUUUUGUGUAAGGAAAACAUAGAUAGAUGAGUCUUUUUUUCUUACGAAUAAACAUAGAUAGAUAAGUCAUAUGGCUAGUUACUAAUAAAUGAUUGCAAGGAAACGGGUACCGAUUUGUUUUUUUAUAAGUAUUGAAAGGACCUAGGUCGAUGUCACCUAGAAUAGGCCAUUUAAAAUAUGUUACAUUGUAUCACGAAUAGGCACUUAUAUUCUAUUGCAUUCUAUACCAAUUCUAAUUACGGAACUUUAGUGAGCGCGUUUUUCAUAAGUUCAAAACCUAAAUCAGUAGGCUCAACUAAAGUCACCAACCACAUAAGUAGAGAUAAAGAUAUGCAAUUCUAGAUAAGAAGCAAGCAAGGAAAUUUUAUACAGAUAACUGCACAAGUAUAAGGCACAAUUUAUGAAUGGAAAGUAAUGUAGAGGAGACAAGAUACACAAACUUUUCAAAUAUUAGGACUGCUCUCUUUCAUGUUAUGAUGAACCCAAUUUUUUUUUAUGAAAUAAGAUUAGAAUCUAUUGUGUCAUUGUUGUGGUCUUCAGAUGGAAUCGAAAGAACAAUGUAAGAGAAAUCAGCUUUUUCUACAAUAUGUUGGUAUCAGUUGAGUGCAUGUACAUUUGCCACUGAAAGACAAAUAUGUGUUAACCAAACAGUUUAGUGCUUAAGAUGUUGUUUUUCAACUGGACUGAAUCUAUUUAUUUCUUGGGCAUAACAAUGUUUUUUCAUGAAAAACUUCACGCAAAAUAGACACAAACUGCACAUGUGUAAAAAAAAUCUCAGGACUUUGAUCACAUUGAGAAAAAUUUCAGUUGUGUGUAUGCAACUAUUCAUCCAAGGAUGCAUGAGACAUUGAGACUUUGAACUUCCUUAAGAAAAAGUUUCACUUCUAGUAACAGUCAUCACUAAAACAACAUUACCAUGUUACUUCUAGACACACAACCAUCACUUCAUUCAUGACAAAAUGAGUGAGCAUUCAAUUUGGAAGACUGGAGUGAGGCAACGGAACAUUGUACUGAACUCUGAAAGAUGAACACCACGUGCCAGGCGUUUAUUGGAGGUGACCUAUGCAGCUAGCACUGCCCAAAACAUUGCAAGAGUGCCAAGAGAUCAAA